CCGCAUCCUCAGUCGCACCAAGUAUUCUGACCACGCCAUGUCUGCCACCUCUCCCCGCUACUUCGUUCUUCCUGACCUCUGUUCUCUGUGCCCCUUCGAGCCGUCCACAAAUCCCCACUACGCCAGCGCCGCAGCCGCGUCUUCAGCCUGGAUCAACGCCUACAAUGUUUUCACCGACAGAAAGCGCGCAGCCUUUAUCCAGGGGUACAACGAGCUGCUCGUCUCCCACACCUACCCAUACGCCGACUACGAGCAGUUCAGAACCUGCUGCGAUUUUGUGAACCUUUUGUUCGUCGUCGACGAAGUCAGCGACGAACAGAACGGUGCCGACGCCCGAAGCACCGGCGAGAUCUUCCUGAACGUCAUGCGCGACCCGACCUGGGACGAUGGCUCCGCGUUGGCCAAGAUGACCAGGGAGUUCAGGGACCGGCUGCAGCAAUUUGCGGGUCCGGGCUGCAUGCGCCGCUUCCUGAAGCAUUGCGAGAACUACAUCGACGCAGUGGCCAAAGAGGCCGAGUACCGCGAGCGCGGAGUGGUGCUCGACGUGACCUCUUUUGAAACGCUGCGCCGUGAGAACAGUGCCAUCCGCCUUUGCUUCGGCCUGUUUGAAUUCUGCUUCGGUGUCGAUCUCCCGGAUGAAGUCUUCGAUGAUCCGACGUUCAUGGCGUUGUAUUGGGCCGCCGCGGACAUGGUCUGUUGGUCUAACGACGUCUACUCCUACAACAUGGAGCAGGCGAAGGGCAUCGGCGGAAAUAACAUUGUCACGGUGCUUAUGCACGACAAGGGCGUCGAUUUGCAAACCGCGUCGAACCUUGUGGGAGAUCGCUUCAAGAGCGACAUGGCCCGCUUCGUCGAGGCUAAACGCCGGCUGCCUAGCUGGGACCCUGCCGUCGACCAGACGGUCCGGAAGUACGUGAAGGCCAUGGAACACUGGAUCGUCGGAAACCUGGAGUGGAGCUUUGAGACCCAACGCUACUUUGGGCCGCUGCACGCUGAAAUCAAGAAAACCCGUGUCGUCCACGUCCGUCCCCGUGAAGAAGACAGAUAAGCGUCUUCGCUCACCGGCUCGCCGUGCUACUCCCACUGGCCCUCACGUAGCAUAUUAUACGAGUUACAGUAUUUAUUGCGUACCAGCGUACUAGCCUAGUGUUUCUUGGAUAUAUAUCGUGUC